UGCGGCAACAUGGGCGUGUUUGACCGCGGGGUUCAGAUGCUGCUGACCACGGUGGGGGCCUUCGCCGCCUUCAGCCUCAUGACCAUCGCCGUGGGCACGGACUACUGGCUGUACUCGCGCGGCGUCUGCAAGAUCAAGAGCAACAACGAGAACGAGACCAGCAAGAAGAACGAAGAGGUGAUGACGCACUCGGGCCUGUGGAGGACCUGCUGCCUGGAAGGUUCCUUCAAAGGCAUGUGCAAACAAAUAGAUCACUUCCCGGAGGACGCCGACUACGAGGCCGACGCUUCAGAAUACUUCCUACGUGCGGUGAGAGCCUCCAGCAUCUUCCCCAUCAUGAGCGUGAUCCUACUAUUCAUGGGGGGGCUCUGCAUCGCCGCCAGCGAGUUCUACAAGUCACGCCACAACAUCAUCCUCAGCGCUGGCAUACUCUUUGUCUCCGCAGGCUUGAGUAACAUCAUCGGCAUCAUCGUGUACAUAUCAGCCAAUGCCGGUGAUCCUUCCAAAAGCGACUCCAAGAAAAACAGCUACUCCUACGGUUGGUCCUUCUACUUCGGAGCGCUCUCCUUUAUCAUGGCCGAGAUGGUGGGCGUGCUGGCCGUGCACAUGUUCAUCGACCGCCACCGGGAAUUGCGCGUGGGUGUGCGGGCCGCCGACUACCUCCAGGGCGCCGCCAUCACGCGCAUCCCCAGCUACCGCUAUCGCUACCGCCGCCGCUCGCGCUCCUCGUCCCGCUCCACCGACCCGUCACACUCACGUGAAGCUUCACCGGUGGGCCUCAAGGCCUUCGGGACGCUGCCCUCCACCGAGCUGUCCAUGUACACGCUGCCCAAGGGCCAGACAGGCACGCCCACGGCCACCUAUAACUCCACGGAGAGGGACCACAACUUCCUGCAGGUCCACAACUGCAUCCAGAAGGACCUAAAAGACUCCAGCAACCCCGCCAACCGGCGUACCACUCCCGUAUGAAACUGACGGACACUUCCAAA